AUGGCGCCACUGAAUCAAUGUCCAGGCAUGUCAUUGACGAGGCUCGAGGCCCGGGUGCGGACGCGGUGGUUCAAGGAAGCGCGGCGGUGGCUGGGAACCGCCACCAUUACCGCGCGCGCUGGGCCUGCGCCCGCGCCUCGGCUGACGCCGCGUUUUUGCCGCGAGCCUGCAGCCAGCCUAUGCACAUUUGCAGACAGUAGAGUUAGCAGUGGAGCCACUGUCAUAGACUGGGCACUACUCAGACUUAAUAAGAAAUUUUGGAAAACGGAAACCAGCUCGGAGACAGCUGUCGUAGUUUUGUGUGACAUGAUAAUUGACACGUUACAGGCAUGA